AUGCCAGACCAUGUUUCGCUAGCAGACCCCAUGUUUAACGUUCCAGGUGUAGUUGACAUGCUGAUUGCAGUGGAACUAUAUUUUGAAGUUUUACAGCAGGGGUGCAUUCGCUUAGGAAAUCAUCUUCUCAUUCUUAGGAAAAGUUGCUUCGGGAGGCUGAUUUCUGGUGUAUACACAUCAGAAAUGCAGAGCCGUGCACAUGUUGGCUUCAUAUCCAAUGGAGAUCUUUAUAAUAGUUUGACAAAGUUCUGGCAGUUAGAGGAGGUAUCCUCUUAUUAUACAAUGACUGGGUCAGACAAAGCAUGUGAGGAUCAUUUCGUUGCAAAUGUAGCUAGGCUUGAGAAUGGGCAGUCUGACGUGGCUUUGCCAUUUUUAGAUAACCAUAUAGAUAAGCUUGGGUCGUCAUUCGCUGUUGCUAAAUAUAGAUUUUUUGAACCUGGAAGGGGGUUUGCCAGGGAUAGUACCUUGUUCACAGCCUACUCCAAUUUUAUUUAA